GUUAACGUAGAAUAUUACGCCAUAUUGACCAAUGAGAACUCCUUAUCAUAUUAUUUUUUAGCCACGUAAAGGAAAACAAUGUUACCAAACGUAACAAAGAAAACAAAUUCUUGUGCCAACUGUCAUUUAGAUGACUGUACGAGUAUAGUGUCUCCGCCUUGAAAUUAGUGUUUUUUGUGAAAAAGUAAGUAGCAAGGUCCACCAUGGCAAACCAGGUGCAGGCCUUGUACGACUUCACGGGGGAGCCCGGAACCACGGAAAUGUCCAUUACAUGUGGUGAAAUAUUAACACUCAUAAAUACAGACAUUGGUGAAGGAUGGUGGGAAGGAAAGAACUCUAAAGGACAAACUGGCUUAUUUCCUGCUGCAUAUGUAAGGAAACUCAGUCCAGAUGAAACUGCUCCUACUAAAAUGGCCCCACCUGCUCCCAGAUACGACCAAGCAGCCGAUGACUGGAGUGACCAACAAUACAGUGCUGGAGAUAAUAACUACCAAAAAUCAACCUCGCAUGAUGAUGGUUGGGACGACGACUGGGAUGAUGACACUUAUUCAGAAAUAGGCCCAGGUGUCCCCCACUCUAAAUCUAUGAAUCAACAGGCUCCACUCACUCCUCUACCGGGAAUGCCCAUUGCAGAUUACAAUAACCAGAUAGAUGAUAAUACGUCAAACUUUUCUUCUGUGGGAACAGUAAGAAAAAGCAAGUUUGCACCAUCAUCUAAAGUUAGUGGAGAAAGUUACCUAUUAGGAACAUUAAAUGUAGAGGUCCCGGACUGUGAUAAAGUCUAUAUAGUUCAAGAGGGAGACGGAUACAUUUGGGCAGCCAUUCCCCAGCCAUACAAUGUCACGGUGGCAUCACCAAAGAAGGAGUCAAAGUUCAAAGGUAUAAAGAGCUUUAUUGCAUAUCAGCUGACACCUUCCUUUAAUAACAUACAGGUUUCUAGAAGAUACAAGCAUUUUGAUUGGCUGCAUGAGAGAUUACAGGAAAAGUUUACACUUAUUCCGAUCCCACCGUUACCAGACAAGCAGAUUGCCGGCCGGUAUGAUGAACAGUUGAUUGAGCGCAGAAGAGUUCAGUUACAAGAAUUUGUUGACUGGAUGUCCAAACAUCCAGUGCUGUCCAAAUGUGAGGUGUGGCAACAUUUUCUCACUUGUACAGAUGAAAAGCGCUGGAAGGCUGGCAAGAGGCAGGCAGAGAGGGAUAACUUGUUAGGCCUAAACUAUUGUAUAUCAUUAGUUGUACCUGAGAAAGCUUUAUUACAAUCACAGGUGGACCAUAUCACAGAGCAAUGUCAUACAUUCAUAAGUAGUAUGGACUCAUCCGUCAAAUCAGUCACAAACAUGUGUCUCGCACAAACUAAGAGGUUCCAGGCGCCGUACAAAACAGAUUGCCAAAAAGUUGGUGAAGCUUUUUAUAAUUUAGGUAAUGCAUUGAGUUUGGAUGAAGGUUCAGUUAUUUCAACAUCGAAACUCACAUCUGCAAUCAAAUUAACUGGUGGUGCUUACAUAGAAAUUGGCAGAAUGUACGAAGAACAGCCGAAAUACGAUUGGGAGCCUCUCGGAGACAAAUUUCACUUGUACAAAGGUAUUGUAGGAUCAUUCCCAGAUGUGUUAGCUAACCACAAAGCCGCCGUUCAGAAAAAGCGAGAGUGUGAGAGAUUGACUGCCGAGCACAAGAUGGAGGUAGCACAGUUGAAUGAAGUAUUAAGAAGAACUGAUGUCAUAUCAUACGCUCUUCUUGCAGAAAUAAAUCACUUCAAACAAGAAAGAACUGUAGACCUCAAAGCCACAAUGCAAAAAUUCUUGAGACAGCAAAUUACUUUCUACAAAAAAAUUGUUGAUAAAUUGGAAUCUACCCUUCAACAGUAUGACGAAUAGCAUAGUGAUACAGAAUGACUGAUGAUGGAAUUGCUAGGUUCUUGUCAACGUAUUGAAAAUGGACUAUUGCCAUUAUUUUAUAUAAUAAUAUAUCCUAUUUCAUAAUAUUGUUUUGGUAUUGAUGUUUUGUAGGUAAAUGUAAUCCAAAGGAUAUAGAUGGACUUUAAUGAAAUCAUGAAUCAAUUUAUAUAUUGUGAUGAAAGUGACUGAAUGUAAAAUAAUGCUUAAAGACACACAAAUCUGUUUUAAUUUCUUUUUAUACACUGAGAUGUUAUGUAUAUACAUACUUUGCUAUCUUACAAUUUCCAUUAAAUAAUAUUUUUUACCACUCUAUACAAAGUUUAUUUGAAAUUUACUAAUUAAUUGUCAAUUAUUUUGAGACAUUAUGGUAUGUUUAUUUAGCAUAAGUGUUGUAAUAUUCCAUUUUGAAAUUAAGGCUGCUGAUGCUAAUAAACAGAAAAAUCGUU